AUGUCUCCGAACACAACUUCCUCUACUGGCAAGGAUAAAUUGAUCGCAGAUGAAGAAGAGGUUCUGCAAGCUGUUGUUCUAGCAGAUAGUUUUAACAAACGAUUCAAGCCGCUAACCACGCACAAACCUCGAUGCCUGCUGCCGAUAUGCAAUGCUCCAUUGCUGGACUGGACGUUCGAAAGCCUUGCUCUAGCUGGCGUACAAGAGAUCUUCGUGAUAUGUAGAUCACAUGCGGAACUGGUCAAGACUGCGAUCAAGAAUUCGAAGUGGUCCAAGCCUGGCGCGGGCCUCAAGAUCGUCCCAAUCGUGACUGCGAAAGAGACGUUCACGCCUGGCGAUGCCAUGCGCGACAUCUACACCCAUGGCAUCAUCACUUCAGAUUUCGUGCUCGUCACCGGUGACCUCGUGAGCAACAUACAUAUAGGCGAUGUUGUUCGCGAGCACAAAGAGAGGAGAAAAAUGGACAAGGACGCUAUAAUGACGAUGGUAGUCAAACAGAGUGGCGUAAACCAUCGGACGCGUUCGAAAGGCGAUUCUGCGGUGUUUGUGAUAGAUCCAGAGACAUCAAAGUGCCUUCAUUAUGAGGCAGUGACUGGGUACCCGCCAAAGAAAUACGCAAGCAUACCACGCGAAAUCCUGAAUGAACACCCUGAGGUGGAGAUCCGAAAUGACUUGAUUGAUUGUUCGAUAGAUAUAUGCUCUGUAGAGGUGCCGUCACUGUUCCAGGACAACUUUGACUACGGGGAUGUACGGAGGGAUUUCGUUCAUGGCGUCCUUACGUCUGACCUGCUCAUGAAAAGUAUCUAUUGCUAUGUCGCCAAAGAGGGUUAUGCUGCUCGUGUCAGGGAUACCAGGAGUUAUGACUCCAUCAGCAAAGACAUUCUUUCAAGAUGGACAUUCCCUUUGGUGCCAGACGAUAACCAUCCUGGCGGCCACUCGUACGAGCAUCUACGAGGAAACAAAUACAUUGCCAAGGAUAAUUCAGUGAUACUCUCCCGGACGUGCAAGAUCGGAAACAACACGCUGAUCGGUUCAAAAUCGCAGAUAGCUGAUAAUGCUCAGGUCACGGCAUCUGUUCUUGGCCAGCGAUGCAUUGUUGGCGCGGGCAGUAUAGUCCGCAACUCUUAUCUCUUCGAUGGAGCGGUCAUCGGACCGAAUUGUGUCGUCGAGCACAGUAUAAUUGGGUCAGGGGUACACAUCAAGGAGCGCACUCAUGUUGAGCGCGGAUGUUUGAUUGCUGAUGGCGUCGUCGUCGGUCCGCAGGCGAAACUUGCGCCGUUUUCAAGAUUGUCUAAGCGGCGGCAGGACAGCGAUGAGGAAGAUGAAGAAUUCGAAGAUGCAGAAGAACAUUUCGAAGAAGAAGAAGAUGGUGACGACGAAGGCGAAGAUGGUGACGACGAAGAUGAGGUCGACUCAGAGCUAGAGGACGUAGAAGCAAACCAAGAUCCUAAAGCUCUUGCAAAACUUGGUUCUGACACCAAUGCGAUCAUUUGGCCACUGCCGGUUGUUGACGAGGACGAGGCCAUUGACGACUUGGAACACCCUGAUAACCAGCGCUUAAUGCGAAUAGGCGACAAUGCAUCAGAUCUGGUCCUUUCUGAUCCUGGCUCUGUCACUUCAUCAGAGUCGGAGUCAGAUUCUGACGAUGACGAUGAUGACGAGCACUUUUACGAUUCCAACCCCGCUUCCUCAACCACUUCGCUUCCGCUCAGCACACCUUCGAAUCUGGUUGCACAAGCAGACUCGGCAGUAAUAUCAGAGUUCCAGCAGGAAGUCAAACAGUCGCUCGAUCGUGCUUUUGCCGAAGGCCAUUCUGUCGAUAACGCCGCCGUGGAACUAAAGACGCUACGUAUGGCGAGCAAUGUAUCUCUCCGCCUAGUGCGGGAGGCCGUGAUCGCAGCCAUGGUAAGCCGGAUCAAAAUUAUAGCGGGCGGAGGCAUUCCGCAACGACAGGAGAUUGCUAGUAUGAUUGCCCGAUGGGGAGGGUUGAUUGACAAGAUUGGAGGGGUAGAUCCUGUGGAAACUGUCGAGAUCCUUCAGGAAUAUUGCGCUUCAUCGGAUCGCUUGCCCUUGUUUGGUCAGAUUCUUGCUGCGCUCUACCAGGACGAUAUAGUCGACGAAGAUGACAUUCGCGCAUGGCAUGGAAUGUCCAAGUCUCAAGGCCAGGGCGUCAAGCCUGCGACUCUGCAAGACUGUUAUAACAAAUGCUGGGUCACUGGAGCCCAUAUGAUAAAACAGUUUGAUGAACAGGACAGUGAUGAAGAAUCGGAGGAAGACUCGGACGAGGGCAGCGAAACGAGGGAACCUGCUGUCAAAAAUCCAGUUACAAAGGAGCUCCCUUUGGCAGGCGGGAAUUCUUCGGAAGAGGGUUCGUGCGAGGAAAGCUCGGACGAAGAGGACGAGGGUGACACUGACGAGGAUGACAGUGAAUAA